ACGCGUACAGCAUUCGUCAAAAAAGAACAGAUCACGGUCAUCGCGUCGCUACAUUUCGGAAUGAUUUCGUAACUCGGCGGCGCGCCGAUGUCUCACGAGCCUCGACAAAGUGUCGAAUAAUUACACCGUUUCGCUCUCAUUUUUGUCGCGCCAAGCUCAGCGAACGUGCCUGAAAACCCGUGUACAUUAACGUAACGAGUGAAUGUGCAACAAAAUCUUUUUCAUCGCGAAGAAGAAGCUCACGCAACUGUGUACAGGGUGAAUCACCGAAGGUGACCGAAUGGGCGGAGACCGAUCGAAGCCACGCCUAUUUUCACGGCCAAUCAACGGUGAGAGUCGAUUAGUCUCCGCCCAUUGGGUCACCUUUGGUGACUCACCCUGUAUCCAAAUUUAACGAUACGUCAAAUUUCACUCAUUUUCCGACUCGUGCGCGUCGAGUGUGUACGAUUUUUAUAUCGUUAGACCAGAUUCCGAUCUCCCGUCGAUUCCGGUAGUUUUGUCCGAUCAUCGUCCUGUGCACCAAAGACAAAAAAUGAUGUCCCUUAUUUUGAAAUUAAAAGGAUUCAAAGGUCAUUAUUAUCCUCGCUAUCGUCGUUACACCUGUUUCUCCGGCUCUCCGGGUACCGUACAUCGCGGGACAACUGGAGAUAUGACGCCGUUUGUAUUUCCAUCUCCAUCGUCAUCCCGAUUCUGAUCCCGAUUCUGAUCCUGAUCCUGCCAAUACUGACGGUUGGUUAGAGCCGCGACGUCGACGUAGUGAACCGGGAAUCCCCGAAGUAGGCGUGGCCAUUCGAUAGGACGAAGUCACGGGGGCGGAGCGACACCCCGAAUUUAAUCGGAGUCAUGAGCGGUUCGCGUAGCGCAGUCAAAGGGGAGAAUCGAAGGGGGAGAGGGGUGGCGGGCGACGGGACACAAGGGGGGAAAGGGAACGUACUUUUGUGAUCUGCGACCAGCGCACAAAACCACCACCGACAACGGAGGACGGGCAGCACCACCACCAACGGACAAACCGACGGACCACAUUCGACGCUGCACGCAUCGUCGGGCGACCCAACGGAGGAGCUCCCCGUGUAUAUCGAUAACGAAAAUCAAAAAUCCGCCGAAUUUCGAAAACGGACUUCGCUCUCGUCAUUCUCUCGUGAAGUGAAAAGGACGAUGAUCGCAAUAACGAUAAUCGCGAGUGCGUCGAUCCCCGCUCGAUGAUUCCGAACGUCUGAAUUUCAUCGUCGAUAGUGAAUUUUUUUGUUCAUUUUUUUUUUUUCAAUCGCUUCGAGGGAUUAUCGUGAUUUUUUUACGAGCGAUUAACGUUCCUGUGAAUUCUGCGGUAAGGAUAAGUGCAGAUUAUGUAAAGUUUCGUUGCCGAAAAACUCGAGGGAAAAAAAAAAGUCAAUGGGAUUCAAGGAAGACUUUAAAUCGUACGUGUGAGAGUUUUUUUCGUUUUUAUUUAUUCAGUUGUUCAUAUGAGUGGUGGUUCGAUUGUGCGGGUUGUUAGGUGUACCCAUGAUAAAAAUAAAUAGUUGAGGUAACAAAUUUUCCAACGAGUGAUCUAUGCAAUUUUGACGACCGGGUGUGCAGUUUGUGAAAAUUGAUACCGACGAAGAAAAAAAAAAAAAGAAAACAAAACAAAGGGAAAAACGAGAAGAAAAUCCGCCAGCGCCAUGGCGGCGUCAACAGGUGCGAUACACUACGGUUCUCCCAUGGUGUCCGCAUCCCCAGGUGACACGGACCUCCAUCACGCUCACUCGAGGCACACGAACGUUUACAACCUUCAACGUCGUCUUCAAGAUCCAGCGGGAACGUCGUCGCCUCUGUCCGAAAACGACGGGAAAUCCCCGCAGCACAACAACCAGGAGAACAACUCGCAUCACCUUCACGAGCUGAGGGUGAGGUCGCCGAAAGAUUUCAAGGAAGAAGCGCAUUCCGUCGACGACGAAACGGAGGAGGGUAUAGCGUGCGGUACGAACAACGGGGUGCGUUUGUACCGCGAUGACCCCAACGUCGCGAAAAGGUUCAAAGAAGAUCAACAAAGUGUCGGAAAGAACGGAACGAGGGAGACUACGUCGCCGGGUAACAACAACCCCAAUAAUCAGCAGCAGAGGAGAUCCUUGUUGCAGAAUCUGACGAAUUCGUCGCCUCGCGACAACGGCUUCUUAUCUAGUCAGGCGCACAACACCGCCAGUCACAUACAGAGCCAUAACAAUUCCGCUGGCAAAACCUCCUUCUGCAUCGACGCGUUGCUCGGCAUGGCCACCGGACAAAAUAACCAACAGGAUACCGGGACCGUCGAGGAAUCCGCGGGGCAUCGCGGCCAGAAGAACUUUCGAAUCAACGACAGUCCGACGAUCGUCCAGCAGAGCCAGAGAUCGGAGUCGCCGAUUUCGGGUAACCGGGGCCCGGAUCACCGCGGCGAGCAUCCUCUCCACUCCCUCGUACACCAGAGCGGCGAGUCGGCCCUCAGGCACCAGGCUCUGCAGGUUUUCAGAUCCUCGGAGCCCCUCGGCAACGUGGGGAGGUUCGAGCGCGACGGUAACGAAAGAUUGCGGGAGACGAACGUUAACACCGAGGACGAGACCAGCGUCGACGUAGAUCACGUGGACGUCACCGAUCCCAACAAUCGUACCGGAAGUGCCAGUCCCCUCAGCAACACCAGCAGGAGUCCCACGUCGAGUCCCCCGAUAUCCCCCGGUUCGGAGGACCCCGCGACGGGAACGAACGGCCUCGUCAACAACCACCAGAAUCAAGCCCCCAACCCUUACGCGAGUCCCGGUGUCGUGAGACAGAGUCAAGGACUCCUCCUGCAUCCCGGAGGACCCCUCAUACACCCGGGUAGUCUGUACUACCACCCCGCCGGUGCGGGGAGCGCUUUUCAUUCGAUACACAAAGAGGGUCAACCGGUGGGUCAUCCGCAGUCGGGAGGUCCGCACCCUCAGCAACAUCACAUUCAUCCUCUGCAGCUCGAAUGGUUGGCCAGGACCGGAAUGUUGUACCCCAGACUCCCGGCGGAUCUGGUCGGUUGCGCGGCCCAGCACACGUUACUCGGAAAAACCAGACGACCGAGAACUGCUUUCACGUCGCAGCAGUUGCUCGAACUGGAGAAACAAUUUCGACAAAAUAAAUACCUGAGCAGACCGAAGAGAUUCGAAGUGGCCACGUCGUUGAUGCUCACCGAAACGCAGGUGAAAAUCUGGUUUCAAAAUCGUCGCAUGAAGUGGAAGAGGAGCAAAAAGGCUCAGCAGGAGGCGCGGGGUGCUAGCGGCGGUAAAUCGGAGGACACAGGAAGUACGCGGAGCGUGGACAGGGAGAGCGGAAGUGACGUGAGCAUAAGCGCGGCGAGCGCGGGUGAGGAAAAUCGGAGGACGUCGCAGGAGAGUAAUCAGAGAGGAAUCACGGAAUUGCACGAGACUCUUUACCGUCCCUACGUCGUAUAAUCGAUCGAUCGAUCGAUAACAAACGAAUCAACGAUACGUCGAUUACUUAUUUAUAUAUAUAGGUAUAUAUAUAUUUUCAAUAUGAAUCUUAACGCGGACAUUGAUUCGAUGUAAUUAGCACUUCAUUAAAUAUUAUCUUUAUUAUCAUUUAACGGAGUGUCAGUGCGGGUGAGCGAACUACGAUAAUUUUCUAUCGGACGAUCUUUAAACUUUGGAUCUUUUUGCGUGUAUGAUGUAUCGACGUUACCCAUGCAUAUUGUAUAUUAUUGCGUCGUAUAAUACGUAUGUGUAUACGUGACGUGUACGUGUGAAAUUAUUACACUAUAUAUAUAAUUAAUAGAUAAUUACGUGUAUAAUUAUAUUGAUUGUAAGAUCGUUGUAAAUAUUAGAAGAUAAUUCUGUAUAAAAAAAAGUAACAGGUAUACAUACAUCAUACAUAUAUAUAACAUGCGUACGAUUAAAAUAAACGAUAAGAUAUAUAUAUAUACUAUAAUUUCGAAAUACAUACUGAAUAUUGAACGUACGAUACAGGUACGCGUACCUAAUACCCAUAUACAUAUAUAUAUAUAUAAAAUACAAAGGAGCCAAAAACAUUAAUGAUAAUUCCACGUGUUAGACACAUAAGUAUAGUAAUAACGAUAAUAAUAAUAAUACCAAUAACAAUGAUAAUGAUAACGAUUGUAUAUUACGUGAGUGAAAAUCAGAAGAAAAGAAGCGAAAAAGGGAAGGAGAAAAAUCCAUUGAAUAAUAAAGUGACAAAUUUGAGACGAGCGAAUAUUCUAUAUUAUACAUAUGUAUACAGUAUUAUAUGCCUACCUACACUUAGUGUUAUAUACGGAUAUUUUAGUUUCAGUAUUAAGAUACGAUGUUGUAUAGCUAGACUAUAAAUGAACGACAAGAUGGCGACGCGACGACGAUGCCGCGUUAUCGGUAUCGUAUUUGAAGAAGCGUGAAAAAAGCAAAAAAAAAAAGGAGAAAGGAGAAAGGAAGAAACUUGAAUAAAUAAAUAUACACCGAUCACGAACAAAUAUAUGGAGAAAACUGAUAUACAAAUGUAUAAUGAUGACAUUAUACACAAGUUCCUAAAAUAAAUUAUACGAAAAGAAUGAA